AUGAUGAGAGGACGGUGGAAGCCGAGACAAGGGAUAUCCGAAGAGCAGCUAGAUGGCCAAGUCGACUCCAAGCCGGCGGAUGCCGUGACACCGGGCCGCGAAAUCCAGUCGCUCAAGACCGACGGUUUCGGAACCCGGGUCGUCGUGAAUUCGAUGAACGAGUUUCCGGACGACGGUAUCCGUGAACCGAGUGGAAUUGUCCGAUUGUUGACUGGUUCACCUAAAACUAAAAUUAUUAUACGACAGUAA